CUCAUAAAAUUACAUAAAAUGCACAGAUGACAGCAGCAUAUAGGCAGAGAAAGUACAGUGCGAGACAUAGAGAACACACCAGAAACGGAUUCCUGGCGCACCUGAACCUGAACUUGAACAGCGCGCUUGUUGUUGCUGCUUUUAUGCUAGACGUAGGCCAUCAAAACAACAACAAGGCUGCUGGCGGCAACAAUGAUGUUCUGAUGUUGGGUGCUCUGUGCUCAGAUGUGUGGGCGCCGCAGCAUGCCAAUGUUGUUACGUCGUCGGCAGAGCGACCACCCCUCUGCGCCCAACCACCCCCCAAAUCGCCCACAAUCCACCCCCCUUUUCUUUUUUAUUUCGCGGUGGUGUCGCCACAGUUAUUACCCAGCAUAUUGAUUUUCUCUGAAUCCUUUCAGCUACCGGCCCCAAGGAUCCCCUAUGUAUUAUAUUCAUUUGCCUGCAGGGCCGCACACGCAAUCCCCGGCAGUCAACCCAAUUAG